UAUAUUCCGUCUUCUCACCCUUUUUAUAUAUCAUCAUUCUCUCAUCUUUUUAUUUUGUUAUUCUCUCUAAAAGAUCAAGUGGCGAUUCGAACACCACUCUACUCUCUUCAAAGCGAUUGAAUUCGAAAAUCGAAACGAGAACAGCCAGAGAUGGGUCAGAUCCAGUACUCCGAGAAGUACUUUGACGAUACCUUCGAGUACAGGCAUGUGGUUCUUCCUCCUGAAGUGGCCAAAUUGCUCCCAAAGAAUCGGCUUCUCUCUGAAAAUGAGUGGCGUGCAAUUGGAGUUCAGCAGAGCCGAGGUUGGGUGCACUAUGCGAUUCAUCGACCAGAGCCUCACAUCAUGCUCUUCAGGAGGCCUCUGAACUUUCAGCAGCAACAGGAGAGCCAAGCUCAGCAAAACAUGCUUGUCAAGUGAAAAUUGUUACCCUUCUAUAAAUUCUCUGUAAUAGCCUUUUCAUUUCCUCUAGAAAUGAACACAUGAUAUGAUACUUAGGGUUCAAGAUUGCGAUGUUAUGAAAUGCUUGGUACUGUACUGUUUGAUUCUCUUUGCCUUGGAGAAUUUCAGGUUAAAACUUUUGUUUGAUGACACUGAUGUCAUUGGUGCUUGGUAGUAAACUUGUGUUUUAGGGGAAUUAUUUCAACGAACUUAUAUAAGGGAUAUGCUUUUGUUUAAUGUUUU